AUGAACUCCAAAGCCGCUCAGUUUUUGUUGGUGUCUGCCCUUGUUGGCAGCACUUCUGCUUUUGCUCCUUCGUCUCGUGUGGCGAGCAGUGUCGUCGUUUCCACCAAACCAAGCAACUUUCGUCUCUUGCAAGCAUCCCCUGAAGCACAAGAAAUGUCCUCGGAAGAAGCCAAGGCGGAGCACGAGAUGGCCAGUUUGGAUUUGUCCAAGACAAUUUACACUGCCUCCAUCAAGUCUCCCAAGGAUUCUUACGUUGCCUUUGCCGAAAAGGGAGCUGCCAACGCCAAGAUGGCCAAGCGUAAAAUCUUUCACCAAAGUGUGUUGGGAGGAUGCUACGUUGGAUUCGGUGCCUUGCUUUCUUUGAGUGUUGCCGGUAACAUGGGAGGCAUUGGAGGACCCAACCCUGGUCUUUCCAAAAUGAUGUUUGCGGCUCUUUUCCCUGUCAAUCUCCUUCUCAUUGUCACAACCGGUGGACAGCUCUUCACUGGUAACUCUGCCACUUGCGCAGCGGCACGAUACGAGGGAUUGAUUGACAACUACGAAAUGUGCCGCAACUGGGCCGUGUCGAUUGUGGGUAACGUGGUGGGAUGUGGUCUCAUGGCAUUGAUUGCCAGCUAUGUGGGUCUCCUCAGUGGAGGUACUGCCGCCCUCUGUACCAGCACUGCUGUCGGCAAGUGCUCCUUGUCCUUUGGAAAGAACUUUGUCAAGGCCAUUCUCUGUAACUGGAUGGUUAGUAUCGCCGUCUACUUGUCGGGUGCUUCCAAUGAUCUCGUCGGAAAAUUGGUGGGUGUCUGGUUCCCCAUCAGUACCUUUGUGGCUAUUGGAUUGGAGCACUCUGUCGCCAACAUGUUCAUCCUGCCAGCUGCCUUGCUUUUGGGAGUUCCUCUGACAAUUGGAGAUGUCAUUAUGCGAAACAUCUUGCCUGUCUUGUUGGGAAAUGCCGUGGCUGGUGCCAUUGUGGUUGCUGGAUCCUAUUCGUACCAAUUCGGACGCUUGGGUGGAAAGCGACGAGCCAUCUUUGCCGAGCAAACUGCUCAACGUGAGUUGCGCAAGCGCAAGGCUCUCCUGAAGAAGAAGAACGAGGCUUUGGUUGAGUUCUCCCCCUCCAUCUAA